UUUUUUUUUUUUUUUUUGAAAGCUGUCUGCAACAUAGAUAGCAAAAGACGUACAUAACCCGUCUCCUCUUCCACAAUGCAGUGAACUUUGAAGGCAGUGUUUUCUCGAGUUCUCUUUUGGUAGUGGGUUAUAGUCGUAGUCAAUGUAUGGGUCACGUAAAAAUCCGCCCAUCCUCGACGUGCUGGGUCGAGCAAAAACUCCACCAUUAAAACAGAAGUAUACACGGACGUUUCCCAGGCAUUUCAGUAAGUAGAUUCUGGUUGCUCUAUAACCCUUGCCUGUUGGAGGCUGUAGCUCUGUCACUGGUGUUGGAGCCUGUAGAAGGCGAGCUAACCGUCUCCUGUAAGGGAGAGGUGGUUUUGGCCAUAGCCGGGUAUAAUAAAGGGGUCCCUGAAGGAUGUAACAGCGUUAUAUGAGCUCUCUACGGAGUAUUUGAAGAAGAAGAAGAAGAAGAAGAGAAAGAGGGAGGGUGGCCUCAGGGAUAGAUACUUAUACCUCGAGCUGCCGGGUUAAUGCGGGGAGUGACAGCCCCUGAGCCGUCACUACCAGACAGCGGCCUGCAGUGACUCGCCUAUUCACUCGGUCAGCAGCCAGCCAGCAGUUGUUCGUAUAUCUUAGUGAGGUAGCAGCUGGUUAGUCUGUCAGUUUGGAGUGAGCUUGCCUGCUGGUGCUGGAUUUGAAUACGGCGACGCUGACUGGCUGCUCCAGGGAUGACAAGCCGGACCAAAACUGUGAAACGGCGCGAGGGAUGAUGCAAUAAUGUUUUGCGAUGCUGCUCGUCCGGUCCUCCUCCUCCUCUCCAGCUUGCCAACACCAGGAAAAGCGGGCAUACAGGCCAAUUAUAGACCGAGAUAACGCUGCUGCGAUGGCCUCUGCAACUGGCAUUCCGGAAGAGCGGGCGUCCGCCCUGCCAGGCGGCGUCGAGAACGAGCCGCUGCUCGGGGAACCGGGCACAGUGACCCAGCGCGAGGACCAGAGCAUCUUCACCAACCUGAUUACCGGGACUGCGAGCCUGGCGCAGGUUGGGAUUCUGAUCAAUGUUGCCCUCGUCUGGUCCGGGAUUUUCACUCACGACCUCAUCUUCUUCUCGCCGCACCCGCUCCUCAACUCUGUCGGAAUCCUGCUCACUGUGCAGGCAAUCCUCGUCGUACAGCCAACCAGGACCCCCCAGCAGAAGCAAGCCGGUGCUCUCACGCACUUUGGAUUCCUCGCCGUCGCAAACCUGGCCUUCAUCUCGGCCCUCAUCAUCAUCGAGAUCAACAAGCAGAGCCACCCGGAAACCCGUUUCUCCUCUGUCCAUGGAAUUCUCGGCCUGAUAACCUACAUUAUCAUCCUCCUGCAGUCGGCCGUCGGUGUUGCGCAGUACUUCUUCCCAGAGACCAUCUUUGGCAGCGUCGAGAACGGAAAGAAGAUAUACAAAUGGCACCGUGUGAGCGGAUACGUACUCUUCGUCUUGGAAUUGGCAGUAGUUAUAGCUGCUACAAAGACGGAUUAUAACGUCAAGACCCUGCAUAUUGGAUUCUGGCCAGUCAUCAUUUCAGCAUUUCUUACCUUUGCCGGCGUCGUUGCGAGAGUCAAAAGGUACAAGCUGCCGGCUUUCUUACGAGGAUCGACUUCUGCACCAAGAAUAUAA